AUGGAGGUGGGCAAAGGUCCUAGGCCUCAAGAAACUCUUUCUGCGGCAAAGAACAAAGAGGAUGUGGAAGUCGGAUAUGUCGGACCUCCGCCAGCACAAAAUGCGUUGAAUCGUGACCUAAAGGGGCGCCAUAUGCAGAUGAUUGCCAUAGGUGGUGCCAUUGGCGCUGGCCUCUUUGUGGGCACUGGCAGUGCCCUGGAAAGCGGUGGGCCUGCAAGUCUGCUCAUCUGUUUCAUUAUAAUUGGCAUCAUGCUUUUAUGUACCGUGCAGGCUCUUGGUGAAUUGGCUGUUCUAUAUCCCGUCAAUGGAGCCUUCUUUACAUACUCUACCCGCUUUCUCGACUCUUCCUGGGGCUUUGCAAUGGGCUGGGAAUACGCAAUUGGCUGGCUCACCACGCUGCCCUUUGAACUCACGGCCGCCGGAUUAACCAUUGACUUUUGGAAUGACAAGAUCAAUAACGGCGUCUGGGUCACAGUCUUCCUUGUCGUUGUCUGCGCCAUUCAAAUCUUUGGUGUACGCGGAUACGGCGAAGUCGAAUUUAUUCUCGCAAUAAUAAAAAUCCUCGGCAUUAUCGGCUUCAUGAUCCUCGGCAUCAUCAUCGACUGCGGCGGUGUCCCCACCGACAACCGCGGCUACAUUGGUUUCAGAUACUGGAAAGAACCUGGCGCUUUUCGCAACGGCUUUUCCGGAUUCUGCUCCGUCUUUGUGACAGCUGCAUUUUCCUUUGGCGGGACAGAACUCAUUGGUCUUGCCGCCGCAGAAGCGGCUGACCCUCGAAAAUCCCUUCCCAAAGCCACCAAGCAGGUCUUUUGGCGAAUAACUUUUUUCUACAUUGUCUCCCUGCUCAUCCUGGGCAUCGUUGUACCCGCGGAUUCACCUAACCUUCUAAAAGCCGGCGACAGCGAUACCAAGGACUCCCCUUUUGUCCUGGCUAUUCGCAUGGCCGGCAUCCGUGGUCUGCCAUCAGUCUUCAACGCCAUCAUCACAGUCUCGGUCGUUAGUGUUGCCAAUUCAUGCACAUAUGGCUCCUCGCGUACACUACAAGCCCUCGCACUGCAUGGCAUGGCGCCCAGCUUUCUAAGCUACGUCGACAAGCACGGUCGUCCCUUGUUUUGUAUUGCCAUUCAGAUCCUUUUCGGAUUCAUCGCCUACGUCACCGAAGCCUCGUCGUCUGAAACUGUUUUUGACUGGCUCCUCGCUCUCGGGGGCUUGUCCUCGUUCUUCACCUGGGGCAGUAUAUGCGCAUCCAAUAUCCGCUUUCGCAAAGGCUGGAGAGUCCAAGGUCAUAGUCGAAGCAAACUCCCCUUUCAAGCGGCGUUUGGCAUCUACGGCAGCUGGGUCGGGCUGAUCUUGUCUAUAUUGUGCAUUAUUGCUACGUUUUAUACCUCCCUCUGGCCGAAUGGACAGCUGGGUACUGCGUAUGACUUUUUUGUAAGUUUUCUUGCGGCUCCGCUUAUCCUGGCGCUGUACAUUCUCUGGAAACUGUGGUCGAGAGACUGGAAGCUUUUUGUGCGCAGUCAUGAAAUGGAUCUCAAUUAUGGGUUGAGGGAAAUUGAUCUGGAUGAAGUUGAUGAGGUUGCACCACCGGAGAGGCCGCGGACGUGGAAGGAUCAUGGGAUUGGGAUUGUUCGAGCAUUCUUUUAG